AAGAACAAUAGACAUUUUUUUUUGUCAUACUUGAAAAUAAAAUAUUUAAAUAUAAAAUUUAUAAUUCUCUCCCCAGGCCCCCAAUUAUACAUACAAACCCUUGCCUACACACACAAAGCCCUGAUAUGAGAGCCUGUCUUCGCAACCUCUUAAAAACAGCUCGCAAUUUUCUCCCCCUCACUGCCGGCGCCGCCACUCUCUCCACCACCACUUCCCCCAAGCUCUCCGGCGCCGCCAUGGACGAUCUCCAGACUCUCAAGACUCGUCUCUGUAUCAUCGGCAGUGGGCCCGCCGCCCACACUGCCGCAAUCUACGCUGCCCGAGCUGAACUUAAGCCUAUUCUGUUUGAGGGUUGGAUGGCCAAUGAUAUUGCGCCAGGUGGACAGCUGACAACCACCACGGAUGUGGAGAACUUUCCGGGUUUUCCCGAGGGGAUUCUUGGGAUGGAGCUGAUGGACAAGUGUAGAGCUCAAUCGGUUAGGUUUGGUACUCAGAUUUAUACUGAAACUGUUAAUAAAGUUGAUUUUAGUAAGACCCCUUUUCGGGUUUUUACGGAUGGUAAAUGUGUGGUUGCUGAUUCUGUUAUUGUGGCUACGGGUGCGGUUGCGAAGAGGUUAAGUUUUCCGGGGUCCGGGGAUGGGAAUGGGGGGUUUUGGAACAGGGGGAUUUCGGCUUGCGCUGUGUGUGAUGGUGCUGCGCCUAUUUUUAGGAAUAAGCCUUUGGCUGUUAUUGGAGGGGGUGAUUCCGCCAUGGAGGAGGCCAAUUUUUUGACCAAGUAUGGUUCCAAGGUUUAUAUACUUCAUCGGAGGGAUGAGUUUAGGGCUUCCAAGAUAAUGCAGACUAGGGCAUUGAGUAAUCCCAAGAUUGAGGUCUUGUGGAAUUCGACCGUUGUGGAAGCUUAUGGGGAAGGGGACAAGGGGAAUUUGGGGGGUUUGAAGGUGAAGAAUGUUGUAACGGGGGAGGUUUCAGAUUUGAAGGUUAAUGGGUUGUUUUUCGCUAUAGGGCAUGAGCCGGCUACUAAGUUUUUGAAUGGGCAGUUGAAGUUGCAUUCGGAUGGGUAUGUGGCUACUACUCCGGGAACGACUGAGACGAGUGUUAAGGGUGUUUUUGCUGCUGGGGAUGUUCAGGAUAAGAAGUAUAGGCAGGCUGUUACUGCAGCUGGGUCUGGAUGCAUGGCGGCACUAGAAGCAGAACACUAUCUGCAAGAGAUUGGAGCACAAGAGGGAAAAAGUGAUUGAUUAUCCAACAAAAUGCUUGAGAGAUCGCAAGGAACCUAAAUUGAACAAGUAACAUCAAUAAAAAACAAAUCAUAUCUUCAAGUACAGACUCUGGUCUUACAAUUUGACAAUUAAGGAUUCAUUUAUGGAACUUAAAAAAACAUCACUUGUUGCUUUAACUGAUUUAAGUUCAAGAUUUGUGGUCAAAUAUUAUAUAUAGCAUUCUUGCAACUCUACAUUCUACA